GAAGGGGGUGGAGGCAGCAGCCGGGUGCAUGCCGUUGGAGUGGUUCUAGAAGUAACAAGAUUAGUGCUGUAUUUUAACAGAAGGUGACAUCAUGGGCCCCCUUGGACUUGAGUAACCCUGUGUUGCAGCCUUCAUGGUCCCCUUGUUGGAGUGGGCGAUGUCACUGCACAUGUAAACUGCCACACUGGGGAAAAUCAGGGGCUUAGGCUUUAAUGAAUCUUUACAAAGGAGCGGAAAGCGGCCUGAGUCGACCUGUGCAGCUGUGGGGCUUGGGAACCGAGCAACCGUGGAGAGAAGAAAUGAUUUGAACCCUGGGCUCGGAAUCCAGAGAGUGGGAAGGUCGAAAGCAAAAGCAGGCGGCCCACUCCGGUGUUCCCCAGAGGGCCCCCACACUAUGAUGCUCUCUUCCGAUGGGCGCCUGGUGUAGGAUGUUGGAGACCCACGAGCAGGAGGAGGUGAUCACUGUGCGAGUUCAGGACCCCCGUGUGCAGAAUGAGGGCUCUUGGAACUCUUACGUGGAUUAUAAGAUCUUCCUCCAUACCAACAGCACGGCCUUCACUGCGAAGACGUCCUGUGUGCGGCGCCGCUACCGAGAGUUUGUGUGGCUGAAGAAGCAGCUGCAGAGGAAUGCGGGUUUGGUGCCUGUACCUGAACUUCCCGGGAAGUCCACCUUCUUUGGCACCUCUGAUGAGUUCAUCGAGAAGCGCCGGCAAGGUCUGCAGCACUUCCUUGAAAAGGUGUUGCAGAGUGUGGUCCUCCUGUCAGACAGCCAGUUACACCUCUUCCUGCAAAGCCAGCUCUCAGUGCCGGAGAUUGAGGCCUGUGUGCAGGGCCGGAGCCCCAUGACGGUGUCAGACGCCAUUCUUCACUACGCCAUGUCCAACUGCGGCUGGGCCCAGGAGGAGAGGCAGGCCUCUUCUCAGCUGGCUAGAGGAGACCCGCCUAAGAGUUGUUGCUUCCUCCCAAGAUCUGGUCGGAGGAGCUCCUCCCCUCCGCCUCCCAGUGAAGAAAAGGACCGUGUAGAAGUAUGGGCUCCGGCAGUGGACUCAGAGGCCCCUUCCUUGGAGAGCCCCGCUCUCCCAGCCUUCUCGCCACCAUCACACUGUGAUUCUGCAUCACCCGAAGAGGCAGCCUCUGCUGCCGAUCCAACGAGGGGGAUCGUGGGAGGGGACCCGUCAGCCCCGUUGUCUCGUGCUGUGCCUUUGGCCCCUGGUCGGUUAGAAACAGGGCUGGAAAAAUGAGCACUGGUUCAUGUUCGGGGUUCUGCUCUCAGGAGGGUGGAGAAGGUGCAUGGGUGGGCAUGGGCACGGGCACAAGGUCAUUGGGGAAGGUUGGACUGCUUAGUCCCUUAUCAGCCCAGCUGGGGUUGGUGGCCCAGAAGUCUGUCCGGACAGCUCCUUGUGAGUCCCCCACAUAAGUGGCCACAGGAUAGGCAUAUUCUAGGUUAAGUGUGAGGCCCCGGAGCUGUUGAUUUUCCACAGCUCCCCCUAUUUACUCUCUUGGGAACUGAAUUCCCUCAGGAGCUCUGCCUCAGGUGACUGGUUUGGCGUCUGCCACGUGCAGUAUCAUUCGACCUUGCAGGAAUGCAGAUGUCAUCUACCCCGCUCUAGCUGGCCUCUGUUCUUUUCCGCCCUGAGAGCACUUUGCUCCUGGGAGGCCCACCUCUUGCUACCUCCCUGCUUGGACAGACUGGUGAAUCCUUUCGCCUUCCACCACUUGCUUUCCUCACAACACUCCUAAAUGGAAUUGGGGCUCUCAGCCUGUCCCACGGAGGCUGGGGCCUGGGGCUCACUGAGCUGCUCACCACCAUCCCUUGCACAGAAGAGCCUGCUGGGAAAGGUGUGCUCUCCAACCGGGGCUCAGAGGCUUUGUUUUGGGAAAACCACCUGGGGCCGUUCCAGUAGCUUCAUACUGCAGGGAGACUCUGGCUGCCGCCUCUGAGUUAGAAUGGGCGCCUCUCUUUUAAGAAUCUUUUCUUUUCCAGUAAUGACAGCUCCCUGCCCAUGGGGCUUCCACGGCCUGUGCCCCUCUGCUGUGUUCUCCGUGUGUCCGCCUGUGGGGGACCAGGGCUUUGUUUCUGCAGAUGGAAAUGAAAAGCAAGGGCCGCCUUCAGACAAUGAGGCGUCUUGGCCUCCUGCUGCAGCAAGCCUCCCACGGAGCCCGGGCUGGUGGGAGAGCUGAAGCCAGAGGCACCCCUUGCCUGCCCGAGCAGAGCGGCCUGCCGGUGCGGUGCCACCUCCGGGGUGCACUCCCAGCCUGCGCUGCGGCUCUGCCAUGGCAGUUAGUUCAGAGUUGAGGGGCUUUGGCCUGAAAUAAAAUUCAAGUAUUUAA